GAGCGGCGGGCCGAAGCGGUGUGGGCGGGGCAGUCGCUCGGCCGGGGAUGAUGGGCGUCGUGGUUCCGCUGAGCCGCUGAGCCGGCCGGGUCGGGGGACGAGGGACGAGCGCGAUCGGAGCCAUGGCGGCGCUGUUGCUGCUGGUACUGGGCCUGGAUCCCGGGCCCGGGGCGGGAGUGGGUCGUCCGGGCGGCCUGGAGGAAGAGCUGGUGGCCGAGAAGGCGGCGGAGGCCAGUCACCGCCAGGACAGCGCCAACCUGCUGGUCUUCAUCCUCCUGCUGACCCUCACCAUCCUCACCAUCUGGCUCUUCAAGCACCGCCGCGCCCGCUUCCUGCACGAGACCGGGCUGGCUAUGAUCUAUGGAGUUCUGGUGGGAGUCAUCCUUCGUUACGGCAUCCACAUUCCCAGCGAUAUCAACAAUGUGACGCUAAGCUGUCCGAUGCAAACCAGCCCGGCUACAUUGCUGGUCAACCUGAGUGGGAAGUUUUAUGAGUACACCCUGAAGGGGGAAAUCAGUUCCCACGAACUCAAUAAUGUUCAAGAUAAUGAGAUGCUGCGGAAGGUAACUUUUGAUCCUGAAGUCUUCUUCAAUAUCUUGCUCCCUCCGAUUAUAUUUUAUGCUGGAUAUAGCUUAAAACGGCGCCACUUCUUCCGAAACCUUGGAUCCAUUUUAGCAUAUGCAUUUCUUGGAACAGCAAUUUCCUGUUUUAUGAUAGGGUCCAUCAUGUACGGCUGUGUGGCGCUGAUGAAAGUGAUGGGGCAGCUUGGAGGAGACUUCUAUUUUACCGACUGCCUGUUCUUCGGUGCCAUCGCCUCCGCUACAGACCCUGUUACGGUCCUCGCCAUAUUCCAUGAACUUCAAGUGGACGUUGAGCUCUACGCCCUUCUCUUUGGAGAGAGUGUCCUCAACGAUGCGGUGGCCAUUGUGCUGUGUUCUUCAAUCAUUGCCUACCAGCCCGCAGGAGACAACAGCCACACUUUCGAUGUGACAGCCAUGUUCAAAUCCAUCGGGAUUUUCCUCGGGAUCUUCAGCGGAUCGUUUGCCAUGGGGGCUGCCACAGGUGUCGUCACCGCACUGGUCACCAAGUUCACCAAACUCCAUGAGUUCCAACUGCUGGAAACUGGCUUGUUUUUCCUGAUGUCCUGGAGUACGUUCCUGUUGGCCGAGGCCUGUGGUUUUACAGGUGUGGUGGCAGUUUUGUUCUGUGGCAUCACUCAAGCUCACUAUACUUACAACAACCUGUCCACAGAGUCGCAGCACAGGACAAAACAGUUGUUCGAGCUUCUCAACUUCUUGGCGGAGAAUUUCAUCUUUUCCUACAUGGGGCUCACGCUGUUCACCUUCCAGAACCACAUCUUCAAUCCAACCUUUGUGGUUGGGGCUUUCCUGGCGGUAUUCCUGGGAAGAGCGGCAAACAUCUAUCCCCUCUCUUUCCUACUUAACCUGGGGAGGCGAAACAAGAUUGGGACAAACCUUCAACACAUGAUGAUGUUCGCUGGCCUGCGGGGAGCCAUGGCCUUUGCCUUGGCCAUCCGGGACACGGCCACCUACGCGCGGCAGGUGAUGUUCAGCACCACCCUCCUGAUCGUCUUUUUCACCGUCUGGGUCUUCGGGGGCGGCACCACCGCGAUGCUCUCCUGCCUGCACAUUCGGGUUGGUGUCGAUGCUGAUCAAGACAAUGUGGGCGGUCCAGAAAUCGAGGGGCGAAGCACCAGAGCUGAGAGCGCCUGGCUCUUCCGAGUCUGGUACAACUUUGACCAUAACUAUUUAAAACCUCUGUUGACGCACAGCGGUCCCCCACUCACCACCACGCUCCCCAGCUGCUGCGGCCCCCUUGCACGGUGUUUGACGAGUCCGCAGGCUUAUGAGAAUCAAGAGCAGCUGAAGGACGAUGACUCAGAUCUGAUCCUGAACGACGGGGACAUCAGCCUGACGUAUGGGGAUUCCAGCGGGAAUUCCGAUUCGUUGCCGUCGGGCGCCUCCAGGCGGGUGGCUGGAAACGGUUCCGAGGACACGCUGGACCAAGAGCUUGCCUUUGGCGACCACGAACUGGUCAUCCGGGGGACACGCCUCGUUCUCCCCAUGGACGACUCCGAGCCUCCUUCCGGCAUGGUUGACAACGCCCGCCAUGGCCCAGCCUAAGAUCGGUUUCUUGAGACGACGGGGAGCCCGAGAAAGAGAGGCGACGGGAACACACAAAAAUAUCCGCAGAUGAUGGUGAAGAAAACCUGGCUGUCGACGACCCCAAAAACCUACCGCACGGAACCUCUCAGAACGUCUGAGCUGUAUAAAUACGAUUUAUUCAAAUGGUGUCAGGAGAAACAACCGCUAUCUCUGCAAAGGCAGUUCCCGGGGAGCGAGCGGUUGAUUUCGUACGCUUAGAAACAACCGUGGGAAAUCGAUGGGGACUUCCACCAAAUAGCAGUGGGACUGUUUUUAGGUAACGAUCGGGCCACGAGGGAAGGGAGAGACUCGCCAGGCAAACCUGCUUUGCAGCCGCCCUCCCAGUCCUCUAGAAUGAUGUGUCGUUGUUGUUGUUUUUGGGAGUUGGGUUUUGACCGUCCCGUGCCCGUUUUGCUGAUGCCAGGGAAGGAAGGAAGGACGGAGGGGUAGCGGGGGAACUUUAGACGAGGUGGCCCAGCCGCCGUUAGGCAGAAGGACUAAGGAAAACUGAAGGGGGUUGCUUUAAAUCUUUUAUUUUUGGGGGGGGAAAACAUCUGGAUGUUGGAGAGAGUUGCCCAGGGGGCUUCUGUCUUGGCCACCUGGCUGCUGUCCAGAUUGAAGGGAGAAUCAGCCAGAUGUUGGAUGCUGUGGACAUAACAAGCUUCUGACGUGGCAAGUUGUGCAUGUGUGAGUCUUAACAGGAACAACCUCCUUAGUUGUCGCGCGAGAGAGAGAGAGGCCAGGAGGUUAUCCUCUGGACCACAAAGGUGGAUCAUUUUAUCAUUGUUUGGCUUUUAAUUUUCCUCUCACCUUUUAUCCCACCCCCUCAGGUUGAGGAACCGAACGACGGAGUGUCUAAAACGGUUGCCAUUUUUUAAACAUUUUCAUGCGGAGAAUUAGCGCAUGGCUUCCGGAGCAGGUUGGAGGCACCCAGAAAUGGCACCGUUAGUUUUUGAGCUUUCCGUUUUAGUGGCUGGGCCCUGGGGGAUGUGUGUGUGGAAGGGGGGGGGGCAGAAGAAUUUUUUUAAAAAUGGGGGCACAUCUGCAAACGCAAAACAGCUGGAACAGUAGCGUUUGGGACUGUUUAAAAGACACAGGUAGAGAUUUUACAGGUUUUUUUUUUUAAGAUACCUGGAAUAUCCGUCCAUUUGUUUGGUAUUGGUUGCACGAUUGUGUGUGUGUGUGUGUGUGUGUGUGUGUGUCUAUAUAAUGGGGAGGGGAGAUUUCUGUCUCAUCGUUUACAAUUCAGUGAGAAAAAUGCCAAUAAGGCCUAUUUCUUGGUGAUGACGUUAUUAUUAUUUUUUCUUUGCCUACGAAAGAGCUCUGAACAACCAGCUGGUUUUUUUUACGUUCAGUUUAUUCAGAUUUUUCUCCCUCCUAACUUUCUGUUUCACUCGUUUUGAGGAUUUUCACUGCAUCUUUUCCAGGCACACUGGCCAGAUCUGGUAACUGUUACCGACCGAACCUCAUUGCUUUUCUUAAGCCGAAAACACACAAAAAGCCAACUCUUACGUUAGAAUUUCGAAAUCCUUUUUUUUAAUGCCCUGUUUUUAUUCUAGCUACUGACACUCCCUGUUUUUUUAAUCCUGUUUUAAAAAUGGGUUGCGUUUUUUUAGACUAGCAAGCAGCAGUAUUGUCUCCCUUUGGCUACUCAAUCACUCGCCAGAGAAAUUUCUCAUCCUAAAAUUACAGUUAGGCAUGCUUUCCUCUAACCAAGGAGGGGAAAAAACGCUCCAAAAAUUGUGGAAUGUUGUAUGACCAUUUUGUGCCCUGAAAGCAGGCUGGGGUAGCUGUAGACAUCCUGCAUUUCAGCAUAUAAAGUAUAACUUUGCAUGUCUGGAGUUUUUUUUUUUUCUUAUUUUCUUUAAUCAGAACAUUUGGGCUGAGAUUUUUCUCCCUUCCAGAACAGAAAAACGCAGUUGCUUCAUCCUUUUAAACCUUAAAAGAUUGGCUAUGCUGGACUUUUGCCCCCCCAAAAUCCUUCUUCUAGUCCAGCAAGGAAUCGAUUCCAUUUCAGCCACGAAAACAGAUUAACUUUUCGUUUUUUUCCCCCCAAAGUUUCAGGUCUGAAUUUACUUUCUUCAAGUUUCCUUCAGAACAAUUUUAGGGACUUGCCCAGGAAUGGUGGGGGGGGGUCUGUUCCUUUCCUCUUAUUUCCAUUCUGCUUUCGUCGUGUCCCACCCACAUUUUUCAAGAGAUGCCCCAAUUCUGUAGUGAUACCCCUUUCUUGAGAAGUGUAAAGCUUCACUGCACUGGAAAAUAAGAUUAUUAUUUUUUCUUCCUCUUGUCUUUUAGAUCUUUUGUUAUUAUUUUUUUUCCUGCUAUGCAGGAAAACGUCAUUCAAUAUAUGUGAAUGCAUGUUGUGUUUCGAUAUAAUGUCUGUAUCUUAAUGUCUGAUGUUAAAAUAAUAAUAAUAAUAGUACUAUUGCUAAUAAUAAUAAUAAUAAUAACAAUAAUAUGAGAAAUGUUCAUGUGAUAACUCUUCGGUUUCAAAUGUUUCUAAUGAUCUUGUGGAACCUGAUCAGUCACAGAAUUUGCAGACUUCUGUAUCAGAAAACGUCGAAUUUUGUCAAGGAGGCUGACUUGUCUGAAAUGGUGGAUCCCUCUUCUGCUCCGUCCUUCCCCAAUUUGGAAGAUUUGUGCAGACUCCUCUACCAGUUAAGUUUCUUUCUUUCUUUCUUUCUUUUUUGUGAAUCAUGACUAAGACUCCUUGCGUCCUCCAGAUGUUGUGGGACCACAGUUCCCAGCAGCCUCAAAUGCCACGGCCAAGAGGGUGGCAUGCUGGGAAUUGGAGCCCGCCAACAUCCGCAAGGUUGAAGGUUGUGCCCGUCCUGUUAACGUGUACUUCAACAACAUCUGGAAGGCCCCAUUUUGUCCUGCUUGAGGCCUUUGCCCAGGCCAAAAAUUAAAACAAGAAUCCUUUGCAA